UCCUCCUCCUCCUCACCAUCACCACCAUCACUGUCACCAUCGCCAUCAUCGUCGUCCUCCUCCUCCUCACCAUCAUCGUCCUCCUCAUCCUCCUCCUCCUCACCAUCACCACCAUCACUGUCACCAUCGCCAUCAUCGUCGUCCUCCUCCUCCUCACCAUCAUCGUCAUCACUGUCACCAUCACCAUCAUCGUCCUCCUCCUCCUCCUCCUCACCAUCACCACCAUCAAUGUCACCAUCGCCAUCAUCGUCGUCCUCCUCCUCCUCACCAUCAUCGUCCUCCUCCUCCUCCUCCUCCUCACCAUCACCACCAUCACUGUCACCAUCGCCAUCAUCGUCGUCCUCCUCCUCCUCACCAUCAUCGUCCUCCUCCUCCUCCUCCUCCUCACCAUCACCACCAUCACUGUCACCAUCGCCAUCAUCGUCGUCCUCCUCCUCCUCACCAUCAUCGUCAUCACUGUCACCAUCACCAUCACCGUCCUCCUCCUCCUCCUCACCAUCACCAUCACCACCAUCACUGUCACCAUCGCCAUCAUCGUCGUCCUCCUCCUCCUCACCAUCAUCGUCCUCCUCCUCCUCCUCCUCCUCCUCACCAUCACCACCAUCAAUGUCACCAUCGCCAUCAUCGUCGUCCUCCUCCUCCUCACCAUCAUCGUCCUCCUCCUCCUCCUCCUCCUCCUCACCAUCACCACCAUCACUGUCACCAUCGCCAUCAUCGUCGUCCUCCUCCUCCUCACCAUCAUCG